CCUUCCCGAGCCUGCGCAGUCAGCGCCACUUCGCAGAGCAGGCAUGGAGUCUCAGCUGCAGCUCGUGGCCGGGCGGGUCCGGAGCUUCCCUGACUUCCCGAAACCCGGCAUUCUAUUCCGGGACAUCACGCCUUUGCUGAAGGACCCAGAUGCUUUCAAGGCCAGCAUUGAGCUUCUGGCCCAUCACCUGAAAGAAAAUCACAAGACAAAGAUCGAUUAUAUUGCAGGUUUGGAUGCUCGGGGCUUCCUGUUUGGUCCCUCCCUGGCCCAGAAACUUGGCAUCGGGUUUGUGCUCAUUCGGAAGCAAGGGAAGCUCCCAGGGCCCACGGUGUCCACCACUUACUCUCUGGAAUAUGGUCAGGCAGAAUUGGAGAUCCAGAAAGACGCCGUUGAGCCAGGCCAGAAGGUGGUGAUUGUGGAUGAUCUGCUGGCCACCGGAGGUACCAUGGAAGCCGCCUGCAAACUUCUGCAGAGCCUCAAGGCUGAGGUGCUGGAGUGCCUGACCCUGGUGGAGCUGACCUCCCUGAAGGGGAGGGAGAAGGUGGCCCCCGUGCCCUUCUUCUCCUUGCUGCAGUACAACUGAGGCCAGGCCGCAGUCAGCGUAUUCCCUGCCUGGACGGGCUCUCAGUCUCACUCCAAGUGCCUCCAACUGUCCAGCUAUGCAAGUGGAGAUGUAAGCCAGCCCUCCUUGGGGAGAGGCACUUCCUCCUCACACCACCAGAGGGCUCCAAAGGCCCGCGGUGGCUCCCAUCCCUCUUCCGCCUGAAGGCAGCAUGGGGUGCCAUUUUGGCCCCUGUAGCCAAGGACCUUCCUGCCAUUGUCUGUCACUCCUGCCUGGAGGGUGGAGACCAGCUUCCAGAGAAGGGCUCUCUGCUUGGGCCGCCUUCCUCCUGCUCUGAGGACACUCAAGACUCUUAAUUUGGUACCAAUGAAAAGCAGGUUUUAUGGUUUAGAAUUUGGAAUACAAUCAGUUAGUUUCCUAGCUCUAUGACCUUCACCUCCCUUUGCCCCAGGCUGAGCUACAUCUCUAGAGGGGGCUGCCCCAAACCCCCAGAGCUGUAACCCAAAUGGAAUAUGGUGGGAGGGGCCAUGGGAGAUCAUCUCCCUCCCAUACAAAGCCAUAGCCUCUGCUCCCCUUGUCUACAACCCUGGCAGAUGGAAUUCUUCCCAACUUGUGCCACAUCAGAUCCCUGGGGCCUGUGCCAAUAAGUGAGACCACUCAAGGCUCAACUCCUGAACUUUUUACACAUUUUCGUUUUUCAUGCAACGCACAAUCUCAUGUGUCACAAAACUCGGUCUUGAUCCCUUUAGAUGACAGAUUUAGGCCCUGAUGGGGCCGUUGUACAAGGGGGAAGAACCAGCUGGCCAGAUGUGGCAAAAUGGGAACGCUACACCUGGAAUUGAGUUGAGGACGUCUGUGGAACAGUAGCCUUGUCUGUCCUAGGGAAUCCUGCCCGAUGCCAUCUGUAUCUGAUAAUUAAAUCAUUUAUUCACAAA